CCCUCCCUCCCUCCUGUUCCUCUUCAACGGUCCUCCUCUCUGGUGGUCCUCGGUCAGCAUCACUCCCUCACGGAGCUCCACCGCGGGAACACGCUCGGCCUGACAGAGGAACAUGCUGCUGCGCAAACCGUUUGUGUGGAUCCUGUCGGUCCUGUGUGCCGCUGAUGUGUGUUGGGGUUUUGUGUAUGACCGGCCCAAACGCUCAGGAGAAGAUGGGACAUCAGCCAGGACAGAGGCUCGCUCUGCGUCUCCCUACGUGCCGACCUCCAGCUCCUGCAGAAAUCGGUGUUUUGAACUGGUUGAAUUGGAGCCACCAAACUGUCGCUGCGACAACCUGUGUAAAACCUACAACGGCUGCUGCUCAGACUUUGACCAGCUCUGCCUCCGCACGGAGGGGGGCUAUGAGUGCAGUAAGGAUCGAUGUGGGGAGACUCGAAAUGAACAACACGCCUGUCACUGCUCUGAUGACUGUCUGGCCAGAGGAGACUGUUGUACCAACUACAAGAAGCUGUGCAAAGGAGACACUUCAUGGCUGCAGGAAGAAUGUGAGGAGAUCAGGACUCCUGAAUGUCCUGCUGGGUUUGUGCGUCCGCCACUCAUCAUGCUGUCAGUCGAUGGAUUUAGAGCUUCUUACAUGAAGAGAGGGAACACUGUCAUACCCCACAUUGAGAAACUCAGAACAUGUGGAACCCAUGCGCCCUACAUGAGACCUGUUUAUCCCACAAAAACCUUCCCCAACCUCUACUCACUGGCUACAGGGCUUUUCCCAGAGUCUCACGGCAUCGUUGGAAACUCCAUGUACGACCCAGGGUUUGAUGCAACCUUCACCCUGAGAGGCCGAGAAAAGCUCAAUCACCGCUGGUGGGGUGGACAACCAAUCUGGAUCACAGCGCUCAGACAAGGAGUGAAGGCUGCCACCUUCUUCUGGCCAAUUGCCAUCCCUUUGGAGAGAAGGAUACUGACCAUGCUGCAGUGGCUUCACCUACCUGAAGGAGAAAGGCCCUAUAUUUACGCCAUGCACUCUGAACAGCCGGACACAUAUGGACACAAAAUGGGGCCCAUGAGCACAGAUUUGAACAGCUCUCUGAGAAUGAUUGACAGAAUCGUGGGCCAGCUCAUGGACGGACUCAAGCAGAUGAAAUUGCACCGCUGUGUCAACAUCAUUCUGGUGGGGGACCAUGGUAUGGAGGAGGCCCACUGUGAUCGGACCGAGUUCCUCAGUAACUACAUGACCAACGUUGAUGACAUCAUCCUCGUCCCUGGGGCCCUUGGUAGAAUACGCUCCAGGCAACCCAACAACAUCAAGUAUGAUCCCAAGGCUGUUGUGGCCAAUCUAACAUGUAAGAAAGUGGACCAGCACUUUAAACCAUACUUGAAGCAGCACCUGCCAAAGAGACUGCACUAUGCUAACAAUCAACGCAUUGAAGACGUCCAUCUGCUGGUGGACAGGAAGUGGCAUGUUGCCAGGAAAGUCCCUGAAGGCAGGAGGCACUGCGGCUUCGCUGGAGACCAUGGAUAUGACAAUAAGAUCAACAGCAUGCAGACUGUUUUUGUUGGGUAUGGACCUACAUUUAAAUUCAAGACUAAAGUUCCAGCCUUUGAAAACAUUGAGCUUUAUAACGUCAUGUGUGAUCUCCUAGGUCUGAAACCAGCCCCCAAUAAUGGAACCCAUGGCAGUCUGAACCACCUGCUAAGAAGCCCCCCCUACAGACCCACCAUGCCAGAGGAGGUCUCCGGCCCAACAGCCUCCGGUCUUGUUCCUGCAGGAACAGACAGCUUGGGCUGCAGCUGCGAUGAAAAGAUCUCUGGCAAGAGAUUGUUUCAAUCUCCGAUCUUUUUGCAGUUGCGUGUAAAAAGUAGGGGCCAGAGAGGUUUGAAAGUGACCCUUGUACGAGGCUAUAACCUGGAGUCACUCUGGCUCUGUCUCUUACAGAACAAAGUGGAGGAGUUAAACCAGCGACUGAGGCAAGCUAUGGAUGACAGCAGGAACCUGCCGUACGGUCGACCUGCUGUCCUCUUCCGUACCAAAUACUCCAUCCUUCACCACAGCGACUACAUCAGUGGCUACAGUGAAACUCUCUCCAUGCCUCUCUGGACAUCGUACACUGUCAGCAGACAGGUAGAAGUGUCUCCUCUGCCUGAAGCUCUGUCCAACUGUGUAAGACCUGAUGCCAGAGUCCCUCCAGCUUACAGCCAGUCUUGUACCAACUACAGAGCAGAUAAACAGAUCACCUACGCCUUUCUGUACCCACCACAACUGUCCUCAAACAUAGACAAAAAAUAUGAUGCUGUCCUCAUCACCAACACUGUUCCCAUGUAUCCUGCAUUCAAGAGGAUAUGGGGUUAUUUCCAGAGAGCGUUGGUGAAGAAAUAUGCCACUGAGAGAAAUGGAGUGAACAUACUGAUUGGACCCGUGUUUGACUACAACUAUGAUGGUGUCAGGGACUCAGCUGAGAAGAUAAGAGAGUAUGCGAGUGGUACAAUCCCGAUCCCCACUCACUACUUUGUGGUCCUGACGAGCUGCUUGGACUUCGCGCAGGCUGCAGACUCGUGUAAAGGACCGCUCAACAGUGCCGCGUUCGUCCUGCCUCACAGACCCACCAACGAUGAGACCUGCAAUAGCUCAGAGGAGGAGUCUCGCUGGGUGGAGAGUCUGAUGAAGGUGCACACAGCUCGGGUCAGAGACGUGGAGCUCCUGACAGGUCUGGACCUUUACCGCAGAACCAGCCGGAGCUACGCUGAGAUCCUCUCGCUCAAGACCUACAUGCACACCUAUGAGAGUGAGAUCUGAGCUCUGCUAAUGUUACUGACUUUAUCGUCAGCCGUGGUGGACGUAUGUGGUACCGGGAAGAGAUGGAGUCAUCUCCGUAACACUGACCGCACCAGCUGCUCAGUGUUGUGGUCCCUUCAUGUGUUUUCAUCUCGUUCACUUGAUCCUUGUAAUUUUAGAUACAUUUUGAACACCACUCAGCUACCAGGUGUAGUUCUGGCCACCUGAGCUUCUUUAACGUUUGGAAAGCAUAAUUAUGAUGUUUGCACUGUUGUGUUCAUGCUUUUCAAAAGAUGUGCCUGCUUUCCGGACCAACAUCCAUUCACAUAAAUGCUGCCACACACUAACGUCAAUUACUACUCAUCCAUCCAACCAUGGAUGGAGCCACUCAGAGGGCGGGGUGUGACUGGAAAAGAUCACAGCUGAUAAUGAGGAAGCAUAUCUGUCUCCCACUAUUCAAAGAGAAUUAGCACCACAACAAAGAGACCGUUCCAGAGACACGAACAGGCCGACAGACGAUGAACAAAGACCAAUCAGGAUGUAAGAGGUUUUUUUUUUUUCAAAAUACAAGUAAUCUUUUAAAAUUCAAGUGUAUAUUCUCCUCUGUAUGUAGGCUGUAUAAUAUUCCAGGUGAACUGGAACACUUUUAGUUCCUCACUUCUCCCAGGUUCUCGGAGCACUGUGGUUCUUCCUGAUUUAUCUUUUGAGUGUGAGUUCAAGACUCUCUCUGGAAUCACAGCAUCUUUAGGUUGUGCUUUGGUCAGUGUGGGCAGUUUUUCUGUGAAUCCAUGAGUAUUAAUGCAAAACAGUUCAUCUGCUCCAAGUUAUUUGAUGUUCUGGCCUCUGUGGAUCUACACUGUUGCCUCCACGUGUCUGCAGUUUUUCUGUCAGGUCGUAUUAGGAAAAUACACCCAAUAAAUUCAGUGAACAUUCCAAAGAAAUUUCCAAUGAAUUAAUUAG